UAUGGUGUCCAUAGACAGGAGGCCAGAGCCAACAGCUUCCUCUGCAGAUCUGAUGACACGCCGGAGUGAUUUCAGCCACAGUGGUGUUUCUGUACCACAUUGAUGGUGCCAGUGAGGAUGCUCUCAGUUAAACCUUUUGUCCAAGUCAGGCCUUCAACAGCACAUUUUCAAAUAUUUGGAAAUUAAUACACAAAAGCAUCAAAAACCUACAUAUUUACAGACUGUUGUUGGUUAACUACUUCGUAAGUUACAGGUAGAACUGACCUCUUCUGAUCACUGACUCUACAUCUAAAUUUGCUGCGACACAAAUAAAGCACAAUGAUCCCCAAAACAACUCCAACUCCAACUCCAACGGUUUGUCCAGUGAUGGCUCCUACAUCUUGAGGGUUUCCAGGUGUGGCAUUUCCAGGUGUGGCGUUUCCAGGUGUGGCGUUUCCAGGUGUGGCGUUUCCAGGUGUGGCGUUUCCAGGUGUGGCGUUUCCAUCUGCAGCACCUGAAGAGUAGAAAACAGACCUGUUAUUUCUCAUCUGAACUCUGCUUCUACAGACAGUAAACACAGUUUGUCAUGUUGUCAUGGAAACGUUCUCACCUCCGUCAGUAACGUUCAGGUAGACUGUGGAAGAAGAGUUUCUGGUAGUGUUUUUACAGAACCACUCAUAUUCUCCAGCGUCUUCUCUGGUCACAUUCUUCAGAGUUGUAGAGACGACACCAUCCUGCAUUGGACACUUCAGCCCCUCCACUCGGUCCACAAACAACGGAUCCUGAUCUUCUGGAAGUAUGGGAUGUCCAUCUCUGCAGAAGUCGACAUAUUUACCACUGCCACGUCUUUGUAGUCUUACUGAUGUCAUGCCGCUGCAGUCUGGACCCUUCAGGACGACAUUCUUCCCUGGGUGGACAGAGAUGGACCAACAGUGUUCUGGGAGACGCUGCCAUUCAAACUCCGGACAGCAGCUUUAAACAUUCAAGCCAACUGCAAACAUGUAGCUAAAUGGAUGUAUGCAUUCCAAAAAAAAUAAUCAUUCCACGCAAAGUUUUACAUAGAGACAUCAUUCUAUGAAUUGCCGGUGUAACAUCUGUCUCGCUAACUGAAAAUCACCAGUUGAUCAGAUCACCAGUUAAUCUUGAACACCGGACAUUUCCUUCACCGACAUUUAUUUUUACUUGAUUGACACCGCUGUGCAGUUCACCCACCCAAAAACAUAUAAUUAUGAAUUAAAAAUAAUAUAUCUUCUGUUAAUCUUCAACAAGAUGUCAAAGAAAUGUCAAGAAGUUGCUGUAUUUUUUGUCUGCAGUAUGGCUUCUAUGUAACAGUAACAGACCCACAGCAUUGGUGACCGAAAACAGGAAAAUUCUAAAAAACGAUCGCUAGACGCAUACAGAAACAAAUAUGGUUACAAAUAUGAGGCUGCUGGCUUAAGAAGAUGUUAUUGAAUAUACUUCAUUCGACUUUAGGUAACAAACACGGUAACCGGGAGUACAGGAGUUUUAGCUAGCAGUCAGUGGGCUAACAGUACCUGUUGGCUUUAAUGUUAGCUAGCUAGCACUGUAGCCGGUAAAGUUAGCUCGUUAGCAACCAAUAUUUGAGAGAAAAUAAAAUCACUUUGAGUUUAAAACAUGCAUAAUCAACAACAUGGAUCGACGGCACCGUGAAAGCUCAUAAAUUCUGUGACAAACACAGAAACUGGAGGUACAGGAGUUUUAGCUAGCGGAGUAAGUUUAAUACCAGCCGUUAGCCAUGUAGCCGGUUAGCUCGCUAAUUUUUAAUAAAAUAAAAUAACAAUAAUAAAGAAAUUACUUUCUAAAAGUGUUUGAGAAAAUAAGUAAACUCACCACCAGUAGAAAGUCCCAGGAGAACCGUGAGCAGCAGGAACCUCGUUUCCAUCGUAGUGAACUGGGUCCAGAGUGUUACCUGUCCAGGUGAGCUCUGUGGAGAACUACUGCUCCGGCUCCGACACCGGGUUCUGCUGCACAUUCGACUCCGCCCUCGGUGACUCAUGAGCGGCCUCCUCUCCGUCUCGGGCUCCGAGGCUACCCCACCGUCUCCCAUGUUUUCCUCAGAGCUGUUCUGAAGCUGAAACCGCCGGAGUGGGUCCCGUCGGUCUGCAGAUUUCUUAGAGGACAGACCGAGGUGGAUGGACGGAGAGACUCACCCUGAGCUGCUCCACGGUAACCUUUCCGGAGAGUCAACGUUUACGUGCAGGUGGAACUCCAGCGUACGUCAUGACGUCACCACCUCAGCUCACCUGCUCCAGUUGUCUUUACCGUGAAAAACAACUAAAUGGAACCAGAUAUAAAAACACAGACCUGCAUUUAUCAUCAUCAUCAUUAUUAUUACUAUUAUUACUAUUAUUAUUAUUGUAGAAACCGUCCAAUCAUCUAGUUCAGUCCAACAGGAAUGUUCAUGGUGAAUCAAAUCCAGAACAAUCCAUGAACCAAUCAGUAACAUGAACAGAUUGUACUUCAUUCUACUGACCACUAGAGGUCCUACUGGAGCAAUGUGUGUUUCUGAAGCCUCCAGGAAUGAACCAUGUUUGGAAUAAAGAGUGGAAGCUUCAACAGAGCCUGGAUCAGCAUCACUAACCACAGGACCAUAAAAUAACCAGUAGACUAAAUAAACAUAGUUUGGAGGAAACAUCAGCUUUAAAGCUCCUACACUGACACACUUUUCAUUUAAUUCUAUUAAUGAACUCAUGUUUGAUGCAUGAAGGCAUUAGGCUGUCAGAGAAGGCAUCACACUGUCAGGUACCUGAAGGCAUCACACUGCUGGGUACCUGAAGGCAUCACACUGUGAGGUACCUGAAGGCAUCACACUGUGAGGUACCUGAAGGCAUCACACUGUCAGGUACAUGAAGGCAUCACACUGUCAGGUACAUGAAGGCAUCACACUGUCAGGUACCUGAAGGCACCAUACUGUCAGUGAAGGCACCACGAUGUCAGGUACCUGAAGGCAUCACACUGUCAGGUACUGAAGGCAUCAUACUGCCUGUUUCUCCUCUUUCUGACCACAUUUCAGAGGUUGAAACUGAGAGACGCUCUCAGACUGGCAGCAACUAAACCUCUGAUUUCCUGUCAGCUUCAGAGAAACCAGAGCAGAGAGGCAGGAAGGAGGAGUUUACUGAUGAGACAGAGCUGAUCAGAGAGAGGAUCUAAUAUCAGCAGCUCAGGAUGGAGGGAACAUCUCUGCUGUGGAUCUCUCUGAGCUCUCUGCUGUUCUCCACAACAGACCAAGUUCAUCUGACUGUAAAUCCCAGAAGAUCUCAGUUUUUUAGAGAAAAUUCUGUCACUCUGAGCUGUGAGGAUGAAGACAGAUCUGCUGGAUGGACUCUGAGAAGAAACACCACCAGAAAAACCAGAAGUCAGUGUGGAGAUGGAUGGGGAAGACCAUCUGGUUCUACUUGUAUCAUCAGUAUGUUGCUCCAGUGGGACAGUGGAGUUUACUGGUGUGAGUCCAUGGAGGCAGCAGCCAGUCAGAGCAUCAACCUCACUGUUUCUGGUGGAUCAGUGAUCCUGCAGAGUCCUGUCCUCCCUGUGAUGGAGGGAGAUCCCCUCACUCUGAGCUGUCAAUCAAAGCAGGACUCCCGCCUCCCAGCUGCUUUCUAUAAAGAUGGCUCCCUCAUCAGGACUGAGCCCGGAGGUCACAUGACCAUCCUCCAUGUUUCCAGGUCUGAUGAAGGCCUCUACAGGUGUAACAUCAGCAUUCAUGGAGAGUCUCCAUCCAGCUGGAUCUCUGUCACAGGUAAACCUACUUCCUCAGCUCCGCCUGUCUCCUCCUCCCUCCAUCUUGUCUUCAGGCUGCUCUGCCACCUGGUGGUGUUCUGUCCAUACUUCAUCUCUACUGGCCUCAUGGUGUCUUUGUAUCGACACAGAGUUACAGGAAAUGACCUUCCCAUCACCAUGGUGACGGCCCCACCCACACAGGCUGACCAGGGAUUGGACGAUGACUAUGAUGACAUCAUCACUGCUGUGACCACGGAGCAUCAGUUCUGAUCUGAACUCGGGAUUCUUCAAUCAGAAAGAGUUUUUAUUCAUAACAGAUCAUCUAAUUGUGUUGUUUCCUGUCUUUGUGUUCACUUUGUGUCAUUGCUGGUGUUUUUAUUUCUGCUUUCUUAUCUCUUUGUGUUAGUUUUGCAUAUUUUUAAGUUUGUUCUGGGGGAAAAUAUGUGUCUUAAAUAACAAAAUGGCUUAAAAUGUCCCCAUGUCUCACAAAUAAUCUAAAGUUUCUCAAAAUGUCUGAAUAUUUGUCAAAUUAUUCUAUUAAAUGACUCCAGAAAACAAGGAGACAGUAUUUGUUCAGUGUGACUCAGAAAUUACCAGCAGGUGGCAGCACAGAGUCUCUGGUUCAACACUGGAGACUGGACUCAUUGUUUCCUCAUCACUGAUGUGAGAGAAGAACAACACACAAAGACUCAGAAAACAACCACAGAGACACAACAUGACCAACAACAGACUGAAAACUACAACAAAGACACAACAUGACCAACA